AUGGACGGCCAUCACCGACUAACAGCGGCGCUAUUCAUUGUGACUCUGUCCGUUUUGCAUCUUGUCCAAGCUCAGGAUCAGUCAGCCGUUUUCCUUAGUCUUGUAGGAUUCAUCAGCUUGGACUGCGGGUUACCCACUAAUGAGUCUCCAUAUACCGAGCCUUUAACUGGACUAAACUUCUCAUCUGACUCUGAUUUCAUCCAAAGUGGAAAAGGUGCUAGAGUUGGUCAAGACUGGGUUUAUGCUUACAAGCAAUAUAAUGCUUUGAGAUAUUUUCCAGAUGGUAUACGGAACUGUUAUAACCUGAGUGUCAAGCAAGGAAUCAACUAUCUAAUUAGAGCUGGGUUCGCAUAUGGAAAUUAUGAUGGCCUGGAUAUAUAUCCCAGAUUCGAUAUAUAUAUUGGUCCUAAUUUGUGGACGACGGUGUAUGCGCGAUUUCAAAUUGACAAUGAGAUCAUUCACAUGGCAAGGUCAAGCAUAUUGCAGAUAUGUCUUGUCAAGACAGGGACAACAACACCAUUUAUAUCAACCUUGGAACUACGUCCACUAAGAAAUGAUUCUUAUUCCACACAAACAGGUUCCUUGCAACAUGUAUCUCGGUGGUUCUAUAAGAACAGUGGCGAUUUACGGUAUUUUAACUCUGAGCAAUUUUCUUAUAUGCCAAACAGUUCGAAUAUUUAG